CCUGCCCAGCCCCGCGGCGGCCCGGAGGCGCCGGAGGUCCCCGCGGCCCAUGGGACCCUCGGUGCUGCCCGCCUGGCUGCAGCCCAGGUAUAGGAAGAGUGCUUAUCUCUUCAUCUAUUACUUAAUCCAGUUCUGUGGGCACUCAUGGAUAUUGACAAAUAUGACAGUCAGAUUCUUUUCAUUUGGAAAAGAUUCAAUGGUUGACACUUUUUAUGCUAUUGGACUUGUCAUGAGAAUUUGCCAAUCCAUUUCUGUCUUGGAGUUGCUGCACAUAUAUGUUGGCAUUGAAUCAGACCAUCUACUCCCAAGGUUUCUGCAGCUCACAGAGAGAAUAAUUGUCCUAUUUGGGGUGAUCACCAGUCAAGAGGAAAUUCAAGAGAAAUAUGUGGUGUGUGUUUUAUUCAUCUUUUGGAAUCUGUUGGAUAUGGUUAGGUACACUUACAGCAUGUUAUCAGUCAUAGGAACAUCUUAUGCUGUCUUGACAUGGCUCAGUCAAACACUGUGGAUGCCAAUUUACCCUCUGUGUGUUCUUGCUGAAGCAUUUGCCAUCUAUCAGUCACUACCAUAUUUUGAAUCAUUCAGCACUUACUCUGCCAAGCUGCCCUUUGACUUAUCCAUCUACUUCCCAUAUGUGCUGAAGCUGUAUCUCAUGAUGCUCUUCAUAGGUAUGUAUUUUACCUACAAUCAUCUUUACUCAGAAAGAAGAGAUAUCCUUAGAGUCUUUUCCAUUAAAAAGAAGAUACGAUACACAGCAUAGUUAUGUGAUGGAAGAAAGGAGAUUUGUGGAUUCAGCUGCAACAAAUGCAUCAUGGGAAAUACUGUGGUGGGAAAAUAUCUAGUACUUGACAAAAAGUGAUGACAUGGGUUAAUUGUACAUAUCACCCAAUCCCCUUAACCAGUAUGGCAGCAGUCAAGUCUCUCAUCAUAUUUUCAAAACAUUCUGUAUAAUGUUCAUCACCUAAGCUGUGGAUUUUCUACAAGUUACACUUA